GCGAAAUCUGACGUACAGCAGUUGAAUAAGUCCUGUCUAAAAAAAAUUAAUAUUGAUUAAGCUCCCUUGGAGUUCCUUAUGAGUGAAGUGAAAUUGAAUGUUAUUUUACCUGGAAAAUAUACGUAGCGAAAAAAUUAACCAACAACAAUGUUAAAGCAACAAUCAAACAAAAAUCCUGAAUUCUGAAAAUAGAUAAAGUUUAUAAGCAUGACAAGCUCUAAUAGUAAUGUUAAUUCGAAAAAAGUACUUACUCCUGAUCGUAAAUUAAAAUUAAAGAAUAACACGGAAAAAUCUCCUGAUACAGGAUGGUGGUUAGUUUUUGGAGUAAUUAUUCUUCUUACUCUUGUAACUAGAUUUUAUAAUGUCACUGAACCCCAACAUGUUUGCUGGGACGAGACACAUUUUGGAAAAAUGGGAAGCUGGUAUAUCAACAGAACGUUUUUCUUUGAUGUUCAUCCACCUCUUGGAAAAAUGUUAAUUGCAUUAUCUGGAUACUUAACCGGAUAUGAUGGUACAUUUCCAUUUGAAAAACCUGGAGAUAAAUUCGGAGAUGCUAAAUACGCAGGAAUGCGAGUGUUCUGUACAUUUUUGGGAGCAACGAUUGUACCUUUAGCGUUUUUGACAAUAUGGGAUUUAACGAAAUCAACUCGUGCUGCUGCAUUAUCGGCAAUGUUUAUUUUAUUUGAUGUCGGCUUGGUAACUCUCAAUAGAUACAUUUUAUUGGAUCCGUUGUUAUUGUGUUUUAUGAUGUCAGCAACUUGGGGAAUGGCGCGAGUCGGUUCUCUGAAGAAUCAAGCAUUCACAAAAACCUGGUGGGGUUGGUUGUCAUUCACUGGAAUAUCUCUAGCUUGUACAAUGGGAGUUAAAUUUGUCGGAUUAUUUGUCGUACUAUUAGUCGGAUUAUUUACAAUAAGUGAGCUCUGGAGAGAACUAGGUGAUUUGUCACAAUCCGUUACAAAUGUAGGCAAACAUCUCCUAGCAAGGAUUUUGUGCUUGAUAAUCUUGCCAAUUAUUUUAUACAUGGUCUUCUUUUUCAUCCAUUUAAUUGUUUUGAACAAGAGUGGAAGUGGUGAUGGAUUUUACAGCUCCGAGUUUCAGUCUCUAUUACAAGGCAAUUCACUUCACAACGCUUCCAUGCCGAGAGAGCUCUCAUACGGUGCUACGAUUACGCUAAAAAAUCAUCGUACGGGUGGUGGAUACUUACAUUCGCACUGGCAUCUGUAUCCAGAAGGUGUUGGUGCUAGACAACAACAAAUCACAACCUACUCCCAUAAAGACGACAAUAAUUUAUGGCGUGUCAAGAAAUUUGAUACUGAUAAACUACCGGCUGAACCUGAGUUGGUAAAAGACGGAGACCUCGUUCGUUUGGAGCACGUUAUCACAGGUCGCAAUUUACACUCGCACAAAGAAAUAGCUCCAGUUUCAAAAAAACACUAUCAAGUAACAGGCUACGGUGAAAAUGGUACAGGUGAUGCUAAUGACGUAUGGAAAAUUUUGAUAUCUAAUGGCAAAGAUGGUGAUAUUAUUCAGACAGUUACCAGUAAACUCAAGUUCGUUCAUUAUCUCCAUCACUGUGUACUAACGUGUAGUGGUAAAACUCUACCUAAAUGGGCUUACAGUCAACAAGAAGUCUCAUGUAAUCCUAAUAUGCGAGACAAAAAUGCCUUGUGGAAUAUUGAAGAUAAUAGGUAUCCUAAAUUACCUAACGUUAGUUUUCAAGUAUACGCACCAGGGUUUCUUGCUAGAUUUAUCGAAUCACAUGCGGUCAUGCUUCAAGGGAAUUCAGAAUUAAAAGUUAGAGAGGGUGAAGUUACUUCUCGUCCUUGGCAGUGGCCUAUUAAUUACAGAGGGCAAUUUUUCUCAGCAAACAAUCAUAGAGUUUAUUUGCUAGGAAAUCCAAUUAUAUGGUGGGGAAAUAUAGUUUUUCUAUUUAUAUUUGCUCUCAUAUAUUUAUACACUGCAGUAAGAGAGCAAAGAGGCUGCGAAGAUGACCCAAAAGUUGUUGCUGAAGUAGAAAAAUUAAAAACAGCAGGCAGCUGGUUAUUUAUCGGAUGGCUUUUACAUUACGUUCCUUUUUGGGCAAUGGGACGAGUACUCUACUUUCAUCAUUACUUCCCGGCAUUGAUGUAUAGCUCUAUGCUCACUGGUAUAACGAUAAGUUUUAUCAUCGAUACGCUAUUCUUUUUACUACCACAGAGAAUCGCAAAUACUAUUUAUCAUCUUAUUCUUGGAACAGUUACUUCCGUGACUAUCUACAGCUUUUAUUUAUUCUCGCCGUUGGCUUACGGUAUGGACGGAUCAAAUUCGGAUUCUCUCGUUAAUCCUAUGCUUGGACUACGCUGGCUCGACUCAUGGGAAUUCUGAACAAAAAAAAUUAUAAAUUGAAAAAAAAAAAUUUUUAUGAGAUUAUUGAAGAGGUAGAUAGUCUAUAGAAUGUGAAUAGACGUGAAUUGUCCUAUCUUAUUAAACAAAUAUAAAUAAAUGCAUCAAAAAAUCAAUUGAUCCGUUGCGACAAAUAAUAUAUGUCAAGUUCAACGAGAAGACGCGCAGGUGCAAAGUUGUAUCAGCUGUAGAUUGUUGUUGCUAGCUAGCUGGAACUUCAUCAGUAGCAGUGUCCACAUUUUAACCGUCACAAGUUGAAUCUAGCACUGAUAUAAUAGUUAAUGAAAAAAGGGUCAUUGUGCGUUUAAAAAGUUUUAAAUUUAUACUCAACGCUGUGUACUGAUUAAAAAAAAAAAUACAAAAGAGAAUGACAGCAGUAGCUAAAUAGGCCAGUAAGAAGCUGAGAAUCAACCAGUUAAUACCACAACAAACCAAUGUGGUACUUGUUUUUUUUUUUUUUUUUUUUUUUUUUUUAAGGUAAAUAUUCACAGUGACAGUCGCGUGUGAUUUUGCGCGAAU